AUGGAAAAGUCUAAUAUAACCACGGCCCCGAGUUCCCGGCGUCCCUUCGAUGGGACAGGGGUGCGAAGAAUCUCCGGGCGACCAUUUAAAAUAGGAACAUGGAAUGUUCGUAGUCUUAACAGCCCAGAAAAGAUAUAUAAUGUGUGUAAGGAAAUGGAUCGACUACACAUUGACAUCCUUGGAUUGAGCGACGUUCGAUGGAAACAUCAAGGCGUACAUCGAGUGGAUGAAAUCCUACUUGUCUUAAAGAAGAUACGUAAACGACGGAUCAAUGUAGUCAAUAUACGGAAGAUAAGUGACAAGAAUUGCAGAUCCGAGGUAGUGCGAGAGAUCAAUGAAUGGGCUGCGGAGGCUAAGCAAUCCCAUGAGAAUGCUGAACAGCAAUGGUACAAACUAAAAACCAAAGUACACAAAAUCAAUGCAAAUAUUCUGAAACCAGAUAAAUGGGUCGCAAAGGAGCCAUGGAUGACUGAAAAAAUAUACCAGCUAAUGGAGAAAAGGAGACUUCACAAAAAUGACGACAAGUUAUACAAAACCAUAGACAGAGAAAUUAGAAGAGAAGUGCGCUAUGCCCGCAACUCCUGGUAUCGCAAGAAAUGGAUUAUAAAAUUCAUAACUGAUUGC